GCUCCAAGUUUCAGCUUCCCCAGCCGGGCGGGAUCUUUCCUCCGCGGGUUUCCCCUCCCCGAAACCGAUGCCUUUUGGCGGAGCCGAAGCGGCGCUUCCACCGGGGCCGCCUCCCCCUGCGGUUCCGCGGUACCGGCUCCCGUAGCGGACCGGGCCCUGCUCGGCGCCAGCGAUCACCAGCGACGAGCCCUCCCGCUUUCGGCUUUUUUUUCUUUUUCCCCUUCCUCUCCCAGCACUCAUUUUUCUUCAAUACUCCGGAGAGGCAGGAGCCACGGGCCCGGAGCGAUGCGCAGCGCGGGGGAGCACAUUCCACCCCGGGGACCGGCUUUCCCCAAAACCUCCCGGCCUGGGCUUUCCCUGGAAGGGGGAGCUGAUUUCCAGCCGGUUUCGCUGCCGGGAGGGCCGCGAUGCCGGGUCACCGCUCUCCACUUCUGUUUUUUUCCCCUCUUCUUUUUGGCUUGUUUUGUUGGUGCGCUCCGCUUCCGAGCCGUCCAGGGCGCCGCGGCUCGUUCCCCACCCCGGGCAGCUCCGGCGGCGGGGAGGCCGAGGGAGGCCAGCCCAGGGAAGCAGGAGCCGCCGGAGGACCCUCCUGGAGCGGUGGCUGCGGACACCUCUCCCGCUGUUUCUCCGCAGGAAGGUACCGCUGGAGCCGCCCCAGGCGGGCGGUGCGGCCCCUGCGUACGGCUGGGCUCCCCACCAUGCUGGACGGGCUGAAGAUGGAGGAGAGUUUGCAGAGCGCCCUGGACCCUGCAGCUCCUUUCUCCUCCCUGCUGGGCAGAGCCGCGACCCCGAAGUCCGUGUGUGAAGGGUGCCAGCGAGUCAUUUCGGACCGGUUCCUGCUGCGCCUGAACGACAGCCUGUGGCACGAGCAGUGCGUCCAGUGCGCGUCCUGCAAGGAGCCCCUGCAGACCACCUGCUUCUAUCGUGACAAGAAGCUCUACUGCAAACUGGACUACGAGAAGCUCUUUGCAGUGAAGUGUGCCGGGUGCCUGGAGGCCAUCGCGCCCAGCGAGCUGGUGAUGCGCGCCCAGAAGAGCGUCUACCACCUGCACUGCUUCUGCUGCUGCGUCUGCGAGCGGCGCCUGCAGAAGGGCGACGAGUUUGUGCUGAAGGAAGGGCAGCUCCUCUGUAAGGGCGACUACGAGAAGGAGCGGGAGCUGCUGAGCUUGGUGAGCCCGGCUCUGUCGGAUUCUGGAAAAAGUGAUGAUGAGGACAGCAUCUGCAAACUGGGCCAAGCCUCGGGGAAGGUCACAGAGGAUGGGAAGGAUCACAAGCGGCCCAAGAGACCCCGAACCAUCCUGACCACGCAGCAGCGGAGGGCAUUCAAGGCAUCGUUUGAGGUCUCCUCCAAGCCUUGCAGGAAGGUGCGAGAGACUCUGGCAGCUGAGACGGGGCUGAGUGUCCGCGUGGUACAGGUCUGGUUCCAGAACCAACGAGCGAAGAUGAAGAAGCUUGCCAGGAGGCAGCAGCAGCAGCAACAGGAUCAGCAAAACACACAGCGCCUGAGCUCAGGCCAGACGAAUGGUAGUGGCAGCGCCGGGCUGGAGGGGAUGCUGAACCCCUACACCCCUCUGCCCCCGCCCCAGCAGCUGUUGGGCAUGGAGCAAAGUGUCUAUGGUUCCGACCCCUUCCGACAAGGGCUCACCCCCCCGCAGAUGCCCGGAGACCACAUGCACCCCUACGGUGCUGAGCCUCUCUUCCACGACCUGGAUAGCGAUGAUACCUCACUGAGCAACCUUGGUGACUGCUUCCUGGCCACGGCGGACGCGGGGCCGCUCCAGGCGCGAGUGGGGAACCCCAUUGACCACCUCUACUCCAUGCAGAACUCCUACUUCACCUCCUGAGCACCACGUUGUCCCCGGCACGGGGCAGCCGAUGCCACUGCGCUGCCUCGGGAGGGGCUGCAGAGCCCCCGGGGGUGGGAGGGAGGGGGAGGCGACACUGCUGGGAUGCUGUCAAACAAGAUGUUGUAGCUUGGUAUUCCCAAGGAGCGAGUUAAGUUAUGGGUUGCAUAGUUUCAUGUUUCUCUUAGGAUCCUAGGAUUAGGAACAGGAGUGUUUUUUGCAGCUGGCUGAUGGGUUUUCAAAUUUCAAAUGGGAAACUGAACCCAAUUGCUCAUUUCAGUGGGGGGAAAGGCAGCUGGAUGGGGGAAACCCAUCCUAAGGGAGCAUCCCAGUGCCAUAUCUCCUCCUUUGGUCUAAGCAGUGGAAAGAACAAACUGCUGAUCCUCAUGGCGAGAUCCUGGAGCAUCAGCCGGGCUUUGAAAUUUGAAAAACUGGCAAUGCUUUGGGGAAACAUAGGAAAAAUUUUGCUGCGGGGUGUCCCCUCUGUUCCCUCGACCAGCUUGAGUGCUCGCUGUUUAAACACAGGGACUUUUGAGAUAGUUGUUCCCAUACGAAUAUAGAAAGCUAGAAACCCCUAACAUUGUCCCUGAAGACACGUGUGUGUAUGUGAGUGUGUGUGUGGGCAGACACGUGUGUGUGUGCAGAGCCGGGUGGCUGCGGGUGACGUCCUGCUCAGCCACACCUGCCAGAUUGUAUCGACAAAGUUUAUUUCUAAGUCUAUCAGAAAUUUACUGUACAGCGAAAGUAACUUUAUUUUCAGCGUGAACCAUAUUUAAGGAAAUACUCAAUGCACUUAAGUUAUAAGAUGAAAUAAUUUACUUUUUAUAAAUGUUAUGUUUAGGUUGCAAAAGCCCAGUGGCAGGGAAGGAACAUCAGUUCAUUUCAGGUGACAGGUUUGGGGUUUGGGGUUGGCUAUUUUUGGUGCUCUCAGGUUGCCCCGCUAAUUUUGAGAUGCAGUUGAAACCCAAAGCAGGGCUGGCUCCAGGGACCUGCUCCUCUGCCAGCAGAUCGAUGGGGACAGCACAGUGUCCAGGUCCUGUCCCCACUGCUGAAUGUGUCCAGGGGGUCAGUGUGGGGUGGACAACACUGCUGAAGCUGUCGAUAUCUUUGCUCGUUGGGGCUCAGCCAUGCUUCCCUACAUCAUCUCUCUCCUUCCCUUGGCAGGACCCAGCCGGUCCUGCCACCGCCAGCAACCCCAUCCUGUACACUCAAACAUGGGUGCUAGACUAGUGUGAGCUGCUGUCCUGGCUCUGGAAAAGACCACAGCCCAUAUUGCCAUCCCUCAGGCAAAGGAGAAAGGAGGGAGCACCCUGCAUUUCCCACCCAGUGCUCAGGUUCAUCCCUGCAGGACCUGUGGGAACCUGGGGAAAGUUCUCCUUAGGGUCCAGCCUUCAGCGGACCCUCACCUCAUCCCCACUCUUGUUUUUCAUACAUUGUGUCCUUUUGUGUUGCUGUUCACAAAAGAUGUUAAGCGACAACCCAUAAAGACAUGCAAGUGACUGUGAGGUUCAAAAACACUGGCUCGUUGCCACCAUAUGAUCUGACACUGAAUGUAACGGGGUCUGGAGAUGGCUGACCCAGCGGGAGAUGCUGACGCACUGUCAGAAAUCACGUACCGAGAUGAAAUUAAAAAGACAAAAAAAAUCUCUGGAAAAAAAAAAAAAAAAGCCUGGUCUUUUUUUUGUGGAGUGUCCCAUUGACUUGGAAAGGAAAGAGUUUGUAUAAUCUCCAAAGUCAGCAAGGUGUGGUAUGCUGGCUGGUGCUGUUGGAGCAGGGGUCUGAUGGUCAUUGUGGGCUGGAGUUGGAGAUGUGCGUUGCUUGUGGAAAGGGGGCAGAUCUGGGGGAGGUGGAGUAUACGUGGUGUGGAGGAGCUGCUGUGACCCGUGGAACCAGCAAGUGUCUGAUUUGUAGGAUACAGCUGUAGGCAAUGUCUGGGUUAACACCACUUGGGCUUGCAAUAGAAAAACUGAUGUUUUCAUGAAUGGUUGUUAAAAUUGCCUUAAAAAUUCCCCUCACUUGAAUACUUCUUAAAACAUCAUGCUUAAAGGUAUUUUUUUAAUCUUUUAUCUUUAAAAGGUUUGUCUUCCCCACCUACAGCUAUCUCCUAUUUGAAAAAUGCUCACCUACAUCAGUCUGGCUUUCCAUCAGACUAUCAAUUUACACUUACCAAAUUACUUCACUCAAAAUAAAACCCCCAUAAAAUCAGUCAUACAGGCUGGUUGCCUGCUUUUAAAAUAUUGCAAAAAUGUAAUUGCAUACUAUAAUAACAGUAUCUCAAGGUGUGUGUGUAUAUAUAUAUA